AGUUAAUGCAGUUUUUGUGUACAGAUAGAUAGUGCAGCCUAAAGCCUUGACUCCACCAUACCGUCAUCAAUGCCUCCUCCUCCUCCUUCGUCUUCUCUUUUCCUCUUUACAUUCUUCAUCUCUGAUAAAAACCUAUAUCUUACAUCCAUUUUUCACGGCUUCAAUCGCCACUUUUUUUGGCUUUUUUCUCUUCUCCUUCAAGUGGCCUUUUCUCCCUUUCUUGUUCUCUUGAGUUUGCUGUCUUUGUCUGAUGGGUUUGUGAGAUCUUGUGCUGUCCUCCAUUAAUGCUGGGGCUGUGGGAUCUUCGAAUUUUUUAGGUGGGUUUCGUUGUUUUGAAGAUAUUGCUCUUGUGAUUUCGAAUUUAAACACCCCUUCCAGUACCCCCCCUCCCCCACUUUGUAGUUUCCGUCGAGUUGAUGACUAGACCCACAUGAACGAACUCUGUCGGAAAGAGCAAUGAACUUGGGGAUUUUUCAUAUGGUGGUUGGAUGAAGGAUUUAGAAACUGGUGGAAUUUGAAAAACCCUUUUCUUUAACGGUGAUUAGAUGAAAGCAGAGCAUUCUUGUCUGAGAAAAGAAUUGGCCAGCAAGCUUGUCAACCAAUCUAAAACUCUAGACACCACUGAUUUGAUUUAGACAUUUGUUCCAACUACUUGAUCUGUAUGCUGUAGAUUCUUUGAACAACCCACAUAAAUAUAAGCCUCUUGAAGAAUUGCAUAAUUUAGAGUCUUCAUCAUCUUCUCCUGGGGUUGUUUCUUUUCUUUUGUUUCUGGGGCUGGUUUUUCUUCAUAGAGUGAGACAAUGAGUCCCUCACAUACAAAUGGUUCAACUCAUAACUGCAAUGGAUUGGAAGAUAAGCUUGAUGAACUUAGAAGGCUUAUAGGUAAGUCUGAUGGUGAUCCAUUGAGGAUCGUUGGUGUGGGAGCUGGAGCAUGGGGGAGUGUUUUUGCAGCUCUGCUUCAAGAUAGUUAUGGUCAAUUUCGAGAGAAGGUUCAAAUCCGGAUAUGGAGAAGAGCAGGAAGAGUUGUGGAUAAAGUCACAGCAGAACACCUCUUUGAAGUGAUCAAUUCAAGGGAAGAUGUGCUGAGGAGGCUGAUUAGGCGAUGUGCUUAUUUAAAGUACGUCGAAGCAAGGCUAGGUGAUCGGGUGCUGUAUGCAGAUGAGAUUUUGAAAGAUGGAUUUUGCUUGAACAUGAUUGACACACCACUUUGCCCUUUGAAGGUGGUUACUAACUUGCAGGAGGCUGUUUGGGAUGCUGACAUUGUAGUCAAUGGCUUACCCUCCACUGAAACCAGGGAGAUUUUUGAAGAGAUAAGUAAAUAUUGGAAAGAGAGAAUUACAGUGCCUAUUAUUAUCUCUUUGGCAAAGGGUAUAGAAGCUGCUCUGCAACCUGUUCCCCACAUAAUAACUCCUACUCUGAUGAUCAAUCGUGCAACUGGAGUGCCUAUAGAGAAUAUAUUGUAUCUUGGUGGACCGAAUAUCGCGUCGGAAAUUUAUAACAAGGAAUAUGCAAAUGCUCGAAUUUGCGGAGCUGAGAAGUGGAGGAAACCACUUGCAAACUUUUUGAGACAACCUCAGUUUAUUGUCUGGGACAAUAGUGACCUUGUGACACAUGAAGUCAUGGGUGGUCUGAAAAAUGUCUACGCUAUUGGAGCAGGAAUGGUGGCAGCCCUUACCAAUGAGAGUGCUACCAGCAAAUCAGUAUAUUUUGCUCAUUGUACCUCAGAGAUGAUAUUCAUUACUUACUUGCUAGCUGAAGAACCUGAGAAGCUAGCUGGGCCUUUGCUCGCUGACACGUAUGUGACCUUGUUGAAAGGUCGUAAUGCCUGGUAUGGGCAAAUGCUGGCCAAGGGUGCACUUAACCUAGAUAUGGGUGAUAGCAUUAGUGGCAAAGGGAUGAUUCAGGGAGUUUCUGCUGUUAGUGCUUUCUAUGAAAUUCUGAGUCAGUCGAGCCUUAAUGUGUUGCAUCCUGAAGACAACAAACCUGUUGCUCCUGUGCAACUCUGUCCAAUCUUAAAGACAUUAUAUAAAAUACUGAUUAAAAGGGAUGGAACACCUCAAGCUAUACUUGAAGCAUUGCGGGAUGAGACUUUGAAUGAUCCUCGAGACCGCAUCGAGCUAGCACAAAGCCAUGCUUUCUAUAGGCCUUCACUUCUUGGUCAACCUUGAGUUGUAGAUUCUAUGGAAAAACUUAAAACUGAGUAAACUUUUGAACUGUUUGGUAAUGUAUAGUCUAUAGGUUUCUUUCUUAGUCCUAUAGACAAUAGUUAUGUCACAUGGAGAAAUUUGUAAUUCCAUAAUGCAGAAUUUUAUUCACCCAUUUACUGAUGUUUCACCAUUGAUGCUUCAAAUUAUUUCUUGUGAAACUCA